AUGUUCUCCACUCACUUGAAGACCUACCCCAUUGUCACCGCCACCCAAGACUUGGCGAUGAAAGUUCCCGGGGUGAAGCCGGCCCGCGACUACGUCAAGCCCCACGUCGAGUGGGUGAGAUCGACGGAGCCGAUGAAGCUGGUGCUUGACGCGGCUGACUCCGUCGCCAAUCGUGCUCUUGACGGGCUCGACUGGACGGUGGCGUGGGUGGUUCCCAAGGCGGAAGUGAAGGUCGACGUUAAGCCUACCGUUCAAGCUACCGCCGCCGCCACCACUCCCACCGAAGCCUAG